UUCGGGGCAAAUACCAACACUUCAUUUCCGCAAUUUGACAUUUUAGCUCUAACCUUUGCUUCAGGAUUGUUUUCUAUGUCCGCUGUUGGAUGGCGAAGCGGGCGUUGCGCAAGGCCAGCGAGGCGCCGAAAGGUACCACCACCAACACCGGAAACACACCCAAGAAGCGCAAGCGAGCCAGUGCGUCGACAUCAACGUCAAUGACAACCGAGGGAGCAAUCUCCAAAAAGUUACAGCGCAAGUCUACUGGGUUGUCCGACGAUGGUGCGAUUCCCCCAGGCUCUACACGUAAGAGGUCUGCACGUGCUUCUGCCAUUCAUUAUGCGGAAGACAAUGAUGAGGACGAGGAAGAUAGAUCUUUUGAAGAUGAAGAAGAGGCCGAGGCCGAAGGCGGUGCGCAAGAGGUUCGCCACUGGCGUGAGCCCUCUGUCGCGUCGGAUAACUUAACUCCUGCUGCACAUGCUACACAUUGGAAGAGGCAAGCCCGUCACAGUGAUCCGACUCAGGACCGCAGCCGUUCUGGCUCUGCAUCGAAACCAAGCAGAGUCGUGAAGCUGCCCGUGGACAAGAAGAAGUUGACCGUAUUCCAGGCAUGGGAUGGCUGGAGAGAGUAUGAUGGCCAUGCUCAAACCAAUUCUCCUCCUGUGGGUGCACACGUGCUUCCACCAAAUCCGUAUGCGCAAUCCUCAAACCCUCCUCCUACUGGCCAUGCAGUCGAUAUACCGAAACAAUACAUUGACAAGAGUGCUGGUGAAAGAUCAGGCUCUCGUCCUGCAGAAGGCGCCCCAUAUCAGCAACGCGAAAUGGCUGCUGAGCCAGUGAGGCAGGACUUUAUAAAUCCAACGCCCACUGGCUUCCAAGCCAUCAAUCGCAGACCGGUUGAUCCAUCACCACAGGUAGAACAUCGCGUCCAGCUUCCACCCCCACCUCCUCCGCCAGUGGAGUCGCAGCCUCUGGUAUCUCGUUCAAAUACCGAGCAAACGUCACCAAACCUCCCAACUCAACCUCACCCCACCCAUGCCGCCUCUCGUCCAAGCUCAUCAUCCACUGGCCAUCCAGGCGGCGAGGAAAAUCUCCUCAAGCGCCGCCAAAUCUUCUCCACUCUCAUCGAUCUCCUCAAAUCGCCCGUACCAUCAAACGUCGUCAGCGUAUCCCUAGAACCUCUCAUCGAAUCCAUCUGGACCGAGGCCGAAGACGACUACAUGAUGCAAGUCUUUUCAGAAGAUGACCUCCCCCGAGUCACAAAAGCGUUCACGUCUUGGAUCUCGCUCCACGAAACACUCGAGUCGUUCCGCCAGCGCACGCGCUACUACGGACGCUCUGGCGAUGAGUGGCAGCGCUUCCGCCGCAGCCUCGGCUUCCUCGAGCGCGUGCCGAUGAUGGAGGCCAUGAACGAGCUGGGACAAAUGAGGUUGCGGCAGAUUGAUGCGGGGGAUUGGUUCGACGAGACGACGUUUGAUAGGGAUCUUGCUGCCUUCCUUGGAGCUUUGACGAGGAUUCCUGGCGUUGGUGCAGAGGACCUGGAAGAUGGGUUCGCGGGUUAUAACAAAGAGCUAUUGGCCUGGUUCUACUGAACGGCACCAGCGAAGUGGCGGCCUUCCCAUGGAUUGCAUCGAUCUGCAAUUGUAUAGGAGUCCCUAUGGAACGAGGCUGUGUUAUAAGAGGCACGGCGAUUCACGGAAAUUAUCAAGACUGGAUGUCUCAACUUUUCUUCCCCCACUUCAAUUUUCCCAUGUCAC